AUGCUACAGGACAAGCCGUAUACCUCAUACUUUUGGUCGGAUUCCCAGAUUGUACUGCAUUGGCUACAGGAGCAUUCUGUUACACUAUCGACAUUCGUAGGAAAUCGAGUAUCCGAAAUACAAGAUUCAACAUCGACUGGAGAAUGGAAAUAUGUACCCACAUCGCUCAACCCAGCUGAUAUUGUGUCCAGAGGAGCUACAACACAUGAACUCCAAGCUUCAAUAUGGUUUUCUGGACCGCCCUUUCUAUCGCAACAUAUGUCAGACUGGCAUCAGCCUCCCAAGCUGAGGAAUCUUGACCAGGAAGUAGUUAAUUCAGAGAAGCGAAAAAGCACAUUCACAGCCGUUGUGAGGUCAAACCAUUUACUUGAAAGGAUGAAAUCAAUCAGCUCGUAUACUGGGUGUCUACGCGUAAUCGCAUGGAUGAUCCGCUUCUAUCGUCUCACAGGCAAAACGAAUAACACCAAAGCGGCUGGAUUGACAUCGGAGGAAUUACAACAUGCAUCCAACUGCAUCAUAUGGAAUCUCCAACAGCAAUCGUUUUCAAUAGAAUUUCCGCUGCUACAAAAAUCUCGACCGCUGAAAGGACAGCUGAAAUUUCUCAACCCUUUCAUUGAAUCUUCCUCAGGUUUCCAGCUCAUCAGAGUCGGCGGCAGGCUCGAAAACGCCAACAUCUCAGAAAGUGAGAAGCACCCGAUUCUUUUGCCUAAGAAAUCGCAUAUCUCCUGGAUAUAUGUUCGACAUCUUCAUCUACGAAACUUUCACGCUGGACCGAAAGCUUUGGUGGCGCUCAGUCGUUUGGAAUUCUGGAUAGUCAAUGUCAGAGACUUAGCCCGGCGAGUCGUUCGAUCCUGCGUAUCUUGUGUUCGCUACAAACCGAAACUACAAGAGCAACUGAUGGGAUCACUGCCUGUGGAGCGCCUUUCGCCACAACAACCCUUUUCGAAGUGCGGCGUCGACUUUUGCGGUCCAAUCAACACUUAUCUUCGCAUCCGUGGAAAGGGUCCUGUGAAGUCUUACUUGGCAAUCUUCGUCUGUAUGGCAUCAAAGGCUGUACACAUACGAAUGAUUGCUCGACGCGCAUUGCCCACGGACAUUUAUUGUGACAAUGCCACAAAUUUUGCAGGCGCUUCUGUAGCGAAUAGAGCCCCACAUUUCGGCGGACUUUGGGAAGCGGCAGUAAAAAGUGCAAAAGGACUGCUGAACAGAACUCUUAUGAAUACGCGGCUCACCUUUGAAGAGCUCACCACCGUGGCAGCUGAAGUCGAGGCCAUACUCAACUCACGCCCGUUAACCCCAUUAUCGCCUGAUCCGAGUGAUUUUGGAGCGAUCACUCCGGGUCACCUCCUGGUUGGAAAGCCGUUGCGUGCCUUGCCGGAACGCCACGUCACCACAGCUAACAUCACCAAUCUUCAGCGCUUUGACGUCGUGACGGCCAUCAAGCAAGAGUUUUGGCGCCGUUGGUCAGCGGAAUACAUCAACGAACUGCGAGCCCGCACUAAAUGA